AUGGAGACUGGGCAAGCGGUGAUGGCCGGGCUCUUUCCGGCUGAGGGGAAUCGAGUGUGGAAUGCUAGUACUGAAUGGCAACCCACUCCAAUGCAUACAAAUGGAAAAGGAAGAGAAGAUCCGCUUCUUAAACCGACUGGUGUCUUUUGCCCAAACUAUGAAGCGAUUCGAAAACGAGAUUUUCAUCGAUUGGAAAUGAGAAUGGACAAAAAGUAUGGCGGGCUUUUCGAUUGGUUGAGUGCGGAAACUGGGAUGAAUGUAUCGUUUGCGAAUGUCAAGAAGUUGUAUGAUGUGGAUAAAGAGAUUAUGCAUUCAUUGCCGCAACCCGAUUGGGUGUACACAAGUUGGGAAGGGGAAAAAGUGCUGAACUUGAUUCGGGAAUUGAAACGCUUGUCAAGGAUGGAGGAUUUCAAUAGUUUUAAGAAAGCGAGAUUUCGCGGAGGGUAUUUGUUGAAUGAUUGGUUGACAAGGAUUGAAGAGGUGGAAGUGAGGAAGAAGACGCCGAAAGCCGUGCUUUAUUCAUCGCACGAUGGCACAGUGGCCUCAUUGAUGCACGCGAUGGGGGUGACAGACAAUCAAUUGGUCCCAUUCGCCGGCUGUUUCUUUGUGGAAGUUGUUCGCGACGAGGCCAAUGAUCUUUAUGUGCAGAUGUUCUACCGAAAUGCCACUCUUGGCGAUCCACAAAUACUGCGGUUGAAGAAUUGCUCAACGGAAUGCCCGGUGACCGAUUUCAUUCGUUUACUCGAACCGAAUCGCAUUCGCAGUGAAAUCGAACUGAAAACGAUCUGCAGCUGUGCUUCAAACAAAGGCCUAAUGUUCUUCAUCUACAUUUUGCUCGUUAAAUUUGCUUCGUUU